GUAGUUGCAGCAUCAGCAUCGUUGUUCGUUAUUAGUUCCUGUGGUCUGGACUUUAAGGCGGUGGCUACAAUAACGGCAACAACAACAACAACAGCAACAGCGACAAGUGGGGUGGCUUUGGCGACCAAGUGGGAGAGACCAAGAUAAACAGAAAAUUAUGCGCGAUUAUCCUUCAGUGCCAAAUGUUUUUCGUGUGGCAUCCUUGCACAGUGUUGACACAGACCCAGCAGUUGUUGCCUUUGGCACAAGUGGCGAUAUAAAAAAGCCAAAUGCUAAUUUGUCCAUAGGGCAGCAGUUACGGCAGCAAAAAAACCAACAGAAACAAAAGCAACAGCACCAGCAAAAUGGCAAUAUUGGCGGUCAACAACCCACGUUAGUGAAGACCAGCAAUUCUUCUGCAUCGGCUACAAAAACUCCAGCUGUAGUGACAACUGCAAAUCAUGCCACAAAGGCAACAGUGACAACUUCAGCAAAGUCGGCCACCACAGUGGCAACAUCAUUAGCAUCAUCUCCUACCAGCGUAUUGAAAACGUUUGGCAAUUCUAACACCACCACCAACACCAAUAAAGAUGUCGACAAUAUUAAAAUGCAUAAUCAUGACUUGCAACAGCAGCAACUGCAACAACAGAAACGCCAUCAGCAAUACACACUCACUACUCACGCCUCCAUAGAGCGACCCCAUCGCCAAUAUCUGGACACAGCUCAACUGUAUUUGCAGCAGUCACCUUAUGCCACAUUGCCGAGGCAUAACAACACCACAUUCGCAUUGCAAUCAUCAUCGUUGACACCACAUUCAUUGGCUAACAGCAAUGACAGCGACAACAACAUUCUCCACGAGCCACAACAACUAAAACAGACCACUCUUAGACAUCAUAAUUCUGGAAAUUCCUCCAUCAGCAACGGCUACAAAACAAAUCCUAUCAGCACCUCCACCAAUAAUAACAGCAACAACAUUGUGACAACAACCUCAACUAUAGUCACAGCCACCACAGUUGCAAACACCAACCGUCAUAGCUUGGAGACAAAAGCCAACUCAAGUCCUAAUGAGAACACAAUGAUGGGUGUUAUAAAUACAAUUUCCGGCAGCAUACCGGCCACUGGCUUUCCCCUGGACCAUGGCAGCAGCAACAAUAACACAAAGUCAAGUGGAGGCCUAAAAGCUGCUCAAAUGGUUGGGGGCAUGAAUGGACGAACAAUGUCUGUGGGUAGUGAUCUAAAUGGCAGUAUGAAUAAUUCAUGCACUAAUCUCAGUAAAUUGAAUGGUCUUAGCCAGCAACAGCAGCAGCAUCAGCAUCAGCAGCAACAACAAAGAUAUCAACAACAGCAACAACAAAAGCUGUUGCAAUCAACCACUGGCCAGCAACAUGACUUUAGACAAGGACCUACAUCUGCGGGCAAUCUAGACGAGUUCACUCCUUAUCGUCGGCCAAUGGCAUAUCCUUGUACGUCUACAACAGAGCGUAACAAUAGCGGAUAUUUAUGGAUAGUUACACCUGUUGCUGCCAGCAUUUCUGUGGCAAUUGUCAUUGCAGCUUUAGCCGGACCUCAGUGGCUCUUUACGGAAGAGAAACAACCGAAUUCGAAUUACAAUGGCACGGCCAACUUUAAUGUCCUGGAUGAUGGAGCCUUCAUUACGCGUUAUACCAAAUCCAGUCUAUGGAUUAUCUGUUCAACGGUUCAGGGCAAGGAUGUGGAGACUUACAACUGCAUUAAAAUUGACUACUUUUCCAAAGAAGGCUACCAUCCUGAUCCUCACGAUUCUGCAUCAGCAAUACCAUAUACGGUGACCAAGUCAUGUCCUUUCUUUCUGGCUUCGGGCAUUGUGCUGCUGUUGAGUUUCAUUGUCUUUCUGAUACCAACCUGUUCACAUCAAAAUAAUUUAUAUUACUUUAGUGCCGGUAUUAUGUUCAUUGUAUCAGGCUUGCUGAUGCUCAUCGGUCUGAUCGCUUACAUAUCCAUACUGAAGGCGGAAAUUGGGUCAAAGUUGCGUCCAAGGUCAUCACUGCAGCCACCCAUGUUUAAGGUUACCUACGGUCAAAGUUUCUUUCUGUUUGUCUUCGGCUUCAUUGCCACCGAGUUUGUGGGUCUGCUGAACAUCUUCCUCUAUAUCAGUCUGCAGGAGGUCGGCUAUUACAGUCGCUUGCCUUGCUUCAGCAUCUCAAAUCUCCAGGAGAAGAUUAGGGAGGGUGAAAAUCGCCACAACUAUCACAAAAAGAACACCUACAAGAGCUACAAACAUGAAAUGGACAAAAAGCCCAUAGAUCGCAAACGCCACAGUCAGCAGAAUAAAAAACACCAGGUGCGUGCACAGGAGCUUGAACUCGACACAAAGAAAUUGCUCAAAAAUAUGUCACAAAUGAGCCGAGUGGAAGCAGUGGCGGCAGCAGCAUCCGGAAGACGUAUACCCACAGAUAUAUUUGAUAAAUUUACAGAUGUACCAUAUGCAUGUCGCAAACAUCCCAAUGGCUUGGGCUCAACCAUGUAUCUCAAUGAGUUGGAAAGAAGAUACUAUUUCGAGAAGAGUACAGGGGAACCAGGCACACUGGCAAAUAAGUGUAAUUUACACUCAAAAAAUCUGGCAAAAUCUCUUAAUGAACUUUAUCUGGAGUCCACAUUGCCACCGCCACCACCAUCGACCAUACGCAUGGGUGGCGCCGGGGGGUUGCAACAGCAAAAGCAGCAGCGGCAACAACAGUUACAUCAAUUGCAAAUACAAACAUUACCACGGCCGCCACAACAAUUUAGUGAUCCACCGCAAGAAUUUCCCUUAACACGCAGUGUAUCCACCACCACUGAGAUUUAUGCUACCCAUCACAAUGUGAGCUUUGCCGACGAUUUAAGUGAAAACCAAACAGCGAUAGCGACAGCAACUGCGAAGUCAUCCAAUAAAACUUCUUCUGCUUCGCAGGAGCAAAGGUACAACGGUGGCAAUCGAAGACGCAAUGUGGCUACCAACACCAUGUACGCCAACAACAGUGAUACAGAAACUCAAACAAAUGUUGUCGAUGGCAACCACCACCAACAGCAGCAGCAGCAGCAGCAACAACUUUACAACACCAGGAAAUUCUUGCAACAGCAGCAAUUACAACACAACCGAGCUGAUGGCAAAAACCAGCAUCGCCUCGUCCAUCAUGGUGGUGAUGAUGACGAUGCGAGGCGGCGAGAAAACGCCUACGGUGACCACCACAAUGGCGUUGAGGAGGACAUCGAUGCCGAUGAGGAGCAGCCUCAAAAACUAUGCGGCCUCAGGCGAGGUAUUCGCAAAACCAAAGAUGAACUUUUCGAAGAGUUCUGCAAGAGGGCUGGCGUACGUCCAAAACCCAAAAAUAUUUACUACAUUGAAAAUGACGAUGAUGUUGAGGAGGUAAACGUCGCCGAUGCAGAUGCCUCCGAUGAGAGGCACAAAACCUCGAGAUCGAAAAAUAACAAUCCAAGACUAUUGGAAGCCGCCCCAAGGAAGUUCCAUGGCAACCAAAGUGAAUUUCGAGUCGGCAGCAAAUCUAGGGAAAAUAAUCGCUCCUAUCUGGCUGCCGGUGGUGUCCUUGAUGGCAACGUUACGAACGGCCCUAAUGAUGAUGUUGGGUUGACGCCCAACAUCAAUGGCUCCAGGGCUGGCCACGAUGAUGACGGCGAUGAUGCAGCCGAUUCUCUACUCACAGCCACUUUGGGUGGCAAUGGUGGCGACCACGACGACGAAGAUGACGAUGAGCAUGGCUUUAAGAAAUUGACCGAGAAUGAAGACCAUUUAUAUGUGAUUGAUGACAAUAUUCAUCUGAUGCCUCCCUCGGCGGCCAUACGUAAUGGGCGAAGAGCUUCGAUGUAUGUGGAACCCAAUCACAUGAGACGUCUCAAUUCGAAUUUGUCACUGCAUGCACUCUAUGCACCCCUGCCAGUACAAAACGGUCUCUAUGAUUAUGAGUCUCCAACAGCGGCCACGAGUAGCAAUUAUGCAGGCUUUGCCACAGUUCCUGGAACGCAUUAUGCGAUGACACGCGAUGUUUAUGGAGGUUCACAGAAUCGUUUGCACCAGCAGCACUAUCAUCAUGCCGAUUAUCAUCAGCAACAACAACAGCAGCAGCAGCAGCAGUACCAGCUACAGUCAAUGUAUCAAAGUCGAACCACACUGCCAAGGACUUUGGUGAAACGUAAUGCUGAUUCGCAGGACAGCAUUGCUUCGGCGGUGAGUGCAAGUCAAUUGCACAACUUGUACAGUAGUAGCGGCAGUCAGCAACGUUUGACGACACUUAUGAUGCAACAUCAGCAACAACAACUGCAAAUGCAACAAAAUCGCUAUUUGAGCCUCUCCAGAGAGCAGGAAGUCUACAAUUCACGUUAUGGUUUGCACAAGUCAAAUGAGGAACUAAAUCGGCAAUAUAUUCAUCCACAACAGCAACAGCAACAGCCGAUCUAUUUACAAAUGCCGCAUCAAAUGCAGUAUACGCAGCAGCCACCACCGCCACAGCAGUCAUCCACUUUAAAGCAACAACACCAACAGCCUAUGGUCCAAUGGCCAACAGCCAUACCUUCAUCACCUAACAGUUUGCGUUUAUAUGGUGGAGUUGGUGGGGGUGGUAGUGGUGGCGGUGCUGGGGGUGGCAUUGGUGGUCCAUCUGCGGCGGUUGUUUCCUCACAAAAUGGCAAUCAUGCCAUACUAACGCGCUCCCAAAGUAGAGGUGGCAAUGGCACAGUUGGAGCCAAUGGUCCUUCAAAAUUCCAAAGAGCUUAUGCCUUCGAUGAGCAACGUCGACCGAGUGUUAUGGUCGGUGAUGCCUUCGAUUUAGAGGAAAUAGAACGUGAACGCAGACGUUCUCAUGCCAGUCUUUUUGCUGGUAUGACAGCCAUGGGUGGUGGUGGCGGUAGUGGUGGCAGUCCUGUCAUGAAAACAAAUGGUCCAGCCUUGGCUUCUGUAAGUAUUGCCGUGGGCGGAACCGGAAUGGGAGUUAUGGGCCCCCAAAAAUCCAACAACACUAAUCGUGACCAUUAUGAUAUGAUAAAUGGUACAGCUGUAUAAAGAGAUGGCGAUGAUGAUGUUGCCCGAAGCUGCUACUGCUUAACCCAGUCGCAUCUUCCUCAAUGAAUAUUUUAAGGUUUCCUAACCGCAAAAACACAAACAAAAAUCGGAGCACUGCAUUUAAUGGGAACUGUAAGUUUGCAAUUCCCAUGUCAAGUUCGUUAAUGUAACAGGAAUAACAGGACUCUGCUGUAACUCACAUCAUAUGAAUCGGAAAUUUUAAUUGUAAGCCAACUAGAGAAUGGAAAACAAAUAUUGCACUGCCAUUAGUGUUAGCCAGAGAAAAUUGGCAGCAAACCUACAAAAACAACAAGUAAGGGUAAAUUUUAUCCUCCCAUACAUAGAAGUUAAGGUAUUUACUUAGGGCUGC